CAUUUUAUAGGAAAAAGUGAGCAUACACGCACUAAUGAUUAAUUCAUUUUCCUGGUUAAAAAAGAGAGGAGGUUCUUGCUUAUAUAUUUAGUUAUCUUUGUCUCAUUUGCAUUAUAACAAGCGUGAUCUAGCUCAGAACCAAUUGUCUUCUCUCUUGGUCAAAAUUUUUCAGCCAUGGCUUCUGGAGGAUCGAAAUCAGCUGCAACAAUGCUGUUGUUCCUCAACCUUGGGCUCUAUAUCAUUGUAACAAUAGUAGCUGGAUGGGCAGUAAAUCAUGCAAUUGAAAGAACUCAUGAAACAGCAUCAGUUUUAUCAAUCCCAGCUCGUAUAUUUCCUAUAUUCUUUCCAAUGGGAAACAUGGCCACCGGUUUCUUUGUCAUUUUCGCGCUCAUUUCGGGUGUUGUGGGCGUCUCCACCUCAGUUACUGGUCUCACCAAUGUUUUUCAAUGGGAUGCCCCUAAUUUAAAUGCAGCCACUGCUUCAUCCCUCCUCACUUGGGCACUCACUUUGCUAGCCAUGGGAUUAGCAUGCAAAGAGAUCAACAUUGGCUGGACAGAUGCCAAUUUGCGGACAUUGGAAGUGAUGACAAUAAUUGUGAGCGGCACGCAGCUGUUUUGCACGGGUGCUAUCCACGCUGGGGCUGAAGAUGCUGCUCUAAACAGAAUACCAUCUGCUUCCGCUGGAACAGUUUGAGCUUUUCAUGUCUAUAAGUCGUCCAAUGAUAAACAUAACCAAAAGUGUUGAUAUAAUAUGAUCUUUGCACCAUAAGUUAUGAUAAUUCGCUGAAUUUCCAACUUGAGUAUCUCCCAGUUACAAUGUUGUGAAA